GGGUUUCGGCUUCGUCACUUUCAUGGACCAGGCGGGGGUGGAUAAAGUGCUGGCGCAAUCGCGGCACGAGCUCGACUCCAAAACACUGCCCCUGGGAAGUAUGGGUGUGAUUGUCCCCACUUUGCGGAUGAAGGAACUGAGGCUCAGAAGGGCAAGCAAGUUACCAAGAUCACAGGCUUUGGCAGCAGCCCAAAGUUUCUAAGUCCAAGUCCCAUGCCCUUUCAUGUCACCAAAGACUGCACUCUGCCUCACCCUGAGCCUGGCUGCAUUAUCAGGAGCUGUUUUCUUACAGCCUCUAAGAGGGCUGUUAGAGACUAGAGAUCGACCCCAAGGUGGCCUUUCCUCGGCGAGCACAGCCUAAGAUGGUGACUCGAACGAAGAAGAUCUUUGUGGGGGGACUGUCAGUGAACACCACAGUGGAGGAUGUGAAGCAAUAUUUUGAACAGUUCGGGAAGGUGGAUGAUGCCAUGCUGAUGUUCGACAAAACCACCAACCGGCACCGAGGGUUUGGGUUUGUCACAUUCGAAAGCGAGGACAUCGUGGAAAAAGUGUGUGAAAUCCACUUCCAUGAAAUCAACAACAAAAUGGUGGAAUGUAAGAAAGCUCAGCCAAAGGAGGUGAUGUCGCCGACGGGCUCAGCCCGGGGCCGGUCUCGAGUCAUGCCCUAUGGAAUGGACGCCUUCAUGCUGGGAAUCGGCAUGCUGGGUUACCCAGGUUUCCAAGCCACAACCUAUGCCAGUCGGAGUUAUACAGGCCUUGCCCCUGGCUACACCUACCAGUUCCCCGAAUUCCGUGUAGAGCGGACCCCUCUCCCGAGCGCCCCAGUCCUCCCCGAGCUUACAGCCAUUCCUCUCACUGCUUAUGGACCAAUGGCAGCGGCAGCAGCAGCAGCGGCUGUGGUUCGAGGGACAGGCUCUCACCCUUGGACGAUGGCUCCCCCUCCAGGUUCAACUCCCAGCCGCACAGGGGGCUUCCUGGGGACCACCAGCCCUGGCCCCAUGGCUGAGCUCUAUGGGGCGGCCAACCAGGACUCGGGGGUCAGCAGUUACAUCAGUGCCGCCAGCCCCGCCCCCAGCACCGGCUUUGGCCACAGUCUUGGGGGUCCCUUGAUUGCCACAGCCUUCACCAAUGGGUACCACUGAAGCAGGGGACAGGUGGCAGGAGCGCCCCAGCCUGAAGCUGACAGAGGACCAUGAGUGAGCCAGCGAGGGGGUGGGGACACCUCAGCCGCAGCCGCCGCCCCCUCCCCCUGCAGCGACUCGGAUGCUACUGCCUGCCCCCCACUCCCUGGGCCCCCCGGCCCCUGCCCUGCUGCCCCCCCACAUCCGUCUGGCUCCCCUACUAACCUCCCCUUCUGCCCUUGCCCCCUCCCCACCUGCCUCUCUCCCUGCCCGCUUUUAUUUAUUUUGGAUUAGCCGGUUGUCCCCUACCCCUGUGGACGCCCCCUCUCGGUCUGCCCCCUCCUCCCCGCCACCCCUAUAGGACACGCCCCCAGAAAGGCUUUUUGUAUUUGUGCAUAGCUAGAGUGAGGGCGGGGGGCCUGCUACAGGCCUAGCCCCUACCCUUGUUUUUUAUUCUGAUUUUUCCCUCCUUUAUUUGUUCCUUUUUUUUUCUUUCUUUUUUUUUUUUUUUUUUUUUUUUUUUUUUUUAAGAAACCGUUUUUAAACUAUUUCUAGGUUUGUGAAUGUGAAGCCCCAGGCCGCAGGGGGCAAGGGGCCAGGUGCCCCCCACCAGCUGAGAACAAAGUGUCUAUGUGGGUGUGGCCCCUGGCCCGCCUCCCUCCAGCCCUGGAGAGGAGGGCAGGGCUGCGGGUAGGCCAGGCCGAGCCCCUGGAACAUCCCGUCCUGUAUCAUAUGUAAAUACUGUGAGGUGAAGCCCCCCACCCCUCUCUAAGCCCCCUUGGGGGUGAAGGCAUUGCCUGGACCCCACAGGGCGAAGGUCUCCCCCACCCCUCCUCUGUCCCCUCAGACACCGUUACUGUAAGCUUGCAGGCCUCGGCCUGGCCGCAGCAGGCCCACUCUCUCAGGCCCUCAGGGUCAAGGCCUUGGGCCUGCUCACCCCGAAAACCCAGUGUGGGGGCGAGGGAAGAGAAGGGCUUGCCCCAGAGCCACUGCUGGAAAGGAAUUAGCUCUCCAAAGGUCUCCCCUGUCCCCUGCCUAGGUUGGACCUUUACUUCUGCUCUGAGCCCCCACUCCACUGAGUGGAAACCGGGGGGCACUUGGGUAAGGAACAGACGCCAGGGGAAAGCAAAGGGCUUCUCAGGGAACCCCCAAUUCUCUCACUGAAGUUUCCCACUAGGAUGGUCCUGUGGCCAGAGGCCCUUGGCAGCCCCUUACCCCAGAGCCCCCUUCAAAGGAAAAAGAGGCUCAGGGUAUGAUUAUGAAGGGAGACCUAGCUGGCGUGGCAGGGCUGAUGCCCACCCACUGUCCCCCUUCUGUGUCCCUCUCCCCCAGGCCUGAGGCUGGGGGCCUCAGCUCCCUGCCCCAUCAGAGCCCCCACCCCAUCCAGCCAGCCUUUGGAGAGUUAAUUGCCCGUGUGAGGUGCUUAACCUAUUAGCCCUGAGAACACAAAGCAAUAAUCUUUGUUACUGAGAUGCGCGGCUGUUUGUUUGGUUUUUUUCUUUUUCUCUUUUUUUUUUUUUUUUAAAUGUUUCCUAAUAAAAGAGAAGCUGCAUUUUAUUGGUUUUUAUUUUUUAUUUUCUACACAUUUGAGCUGAGUCCAGAGAAACUCAGCUUCUCCCUUCUUCUCAUCCCUUGACCUUCCCACCCCACUGGGCCCAACCAUGGGCUCAGGGCCCUGGAAUUCCGUUUUCUGAAUUGUUUGGGGAAUUUUUUUUUUUUUUUUU